GCCUUGGGCCGCUGGCUGAAGUCCUCGGGGAAGCCCACGCCCACGGCCGCGACCCCCGUGCCCAAGACGCCCAAGAAGAACGUCGUGCCGACCCCCGCCGAGACCAAGAAGACCGCCGUGGCCACCCCCGUGAAGGGCUCCUUCGUGCCCAAGAGGGUCAAGGCCUCGGCGAAGGAGGACAGGCUGCUGGAGAUUGCCAUGGGCUUCGAUCCA